CAUGGGCUGCUGCUCCGGCCGCUGCACGCUCAUCUUCCUCUGCACUUUCCAGCUGGUCACCGCCCUGGAGCGGCAGGUGUUCGAUUUCCUGGGCUACCAGUGGGCACCCAUCCUGGCCACCUUCACCCACAUUGUCGUGGUCAUCCUGGGGCUCUUCGGCACCAUCCAGUACCGGCCUCGCUACAUCGUGGUGUACGCAGUGUGGGCGGCCGCCUGGGUCACCUGGAAUGUCUUCAUUAUCUGCUUCUACUUGGAAGUGGGGGGCCUCUCAAAGGACAGCGGGCUCCUGACCUUCAGACUCUCCUGGCACCACUCCUGGUGGCAUGAGCAUGGCCCGGGCUGUGUGCACAAGGAGCCGGCGGCCAGCCUGGGUCCCCCGGACAGCCAGGCCCUGGUGCCAGGCAUUGGCUGCACCCUGGAGCAUGGCUACGUGGAGGCCCUGCACAGCGCUCUGCAGAUCUUGGUGGCGCUUGUGGGCUUCAUCUGUGCCUGCCACGUGGCCAGCGUUGUCACCGAGGAGGAGGACGGCUGUAAGUGUGCGGCUACCAGCCUCCUGCAGAAUGCUGUUAGUGACCUGCUGGCCCCAUCAGGCAGUGGGGGAGGGAAAGAGAAGCUGAGGGCUGGCCACAGAGGCCUGCGACCUGGCCUCUUAAAUGGGUCCCCGUGCCACGGAGGUCCUGGCCUGAGCAGAGACAGGGGAGGCCCUGGGCUGUGGGCACCAGGGGUCAGUGCACCCCCAGCUCCUCCAGUCUGAGGGCUCCUGUGCUGCGGAGCUGCCCCCCACG